GGGCGGUCCCGGAGGAGGGGGCUCCGCGGCCGGCGCAGCGGGCAGCGCAGCACAGCAUGUUGCGGGCAGCGGUGCGCGUCUCCCGGCUCUGCCGCGGCCCGGCCGCGCUCCGUGCGCCCUUCUCGGCCGCCGCUUCCCCCAUCCCGGCGCCCAACCCGAGCCCCGACAUCGCCUGCAACAAGAUUUUCAUCAACAACGAGUGGCACGAUGCGGUCAGUAAGAAAACCUUCCCGACGGUCAACCCGGCAACAGGAGAAGUCAUCUGCCAGGUUGCAGAAGGGGAUAAGGCAGAUGUGGACAAGGCCGUUAAGGCAGCCAGGGCAGCUUUCCAGCUGGGCUCGCCCUGGAGGAGGAUGGAUGCUUCUCACCGGGGGAAGCUGCUGAACCGUCUUGCUGACCUGAUCGAGAGGGACCGGGCGUACCUGGCGGCACUGGAAACUCUGGAUAAUGGCAAGCCGUACUCCAUCUCCUACCUGGUGGAUCUGGACAUGGUAGUCAAAUGUCUCAGAUACUUUGCAGGCUGGUCAGAUAAAUUCCAUGGCAAAACCAUCCCCUUAGACGGAGACUUCUUCUGUUACACAAGACACGAGCCAGUGGGAGUUUGUGGACAGAUAAUCCCGUGGAACUUCCCGCUGUUGAUGCAAGCAUGGAAACUUGGGCCUGCCCUGGCCACUGGGAAUGUGGUAGUGAUGAAAGUGGCAGAGCAAACCCCUCUGAGUGCUCUCUACGUGGCCAAUCUGAUCAAAGAGGCUGGAUUCCCACCAGGAGUGGUGAACAUCAUCCCUGGCUAUGGGCCCACUGCAGGGGCUGCCAUCUCCUCCCACAUGGAUGUAGAUAAAGUGGCCUUCACCGGCUCCACAGAGGUUGGGCACCUGGUCCAGAAGGCUGCAGCAGAGAGUAACCUGAAGAGGGUGACACUGGAGCUCGGAGGAAAGAGUCCAAACAUAAUCAUGUCUGACGCAGACAUGGACUGGGCUGUGGAUCAAGCCCACUUUGCCCUCUUCUUCAACCAAGGGCAGUGCUGCUGUGCCGGAUCCCGGACAUAUGUCCAGGAGGAUAUUUAUCAGGAGUUUGUGGAGAGGAGCGUUGAGAAGGCCAAGAACAGGGUGGUUGGAAACCCCUUUGACUUUAAAACUGAACAGGGGCCUCAGGUAGAUGAAGAGCAGUUUAAGAAGAUCCUUGGGUACAUUCAUACUGGGAAGCAGGAAGGAGCCAAACUGCUGUGUGGUGGCAACCCCGCUGCAGACAGAGGCUAUUUCAUCCAGCCAACUGUCUUUGGUGACGUGCAGGACAACAUGACGAUUGCCAGGGAGGAGAUAUUUGGGCCUGUCAUGCAGAUUCUGAAAUUCAAAACUAUUGAGGAAGUAAUCGAGAGAGCAAAUGACUCCAAGUAUGGCCUAGCAGCAGCCGUCUUCACAAAGGAUCUUGACAAAGCAAACUAUGUGUCACAUGGCCUGCGGGCUGGAACAGUUUGGGUAAACUGCUAUGAUGUGUUUGGUGCCCAAGCCCCCUUUGGUGGCUACAAAGCCUCUGGGAAUGGGCGAGAGCUGGGAGAAUACGGCCUGGAGGCUUAUGUAGAGGUGAAAAACGUGACGAUCAAAGUUCCACAGAAGAACUCCUAAAGGAGAGCAUUCGGGAACGUCGGCGCUGCUCCGGGGGAUACAGAGCAAGGAAACCUCUUCUUAACACAUGCAAAGUAUAGGUGGAAAGCCUUUAACUCUGCAUUAAGAAUUGUCUCAUUAGAAGGUGCCUGAAGGAGCUUUUCUUAUAAACUCUACUUGGCUUUAUCUUUUUAAAGUACCAAAUACAGCCCCUGGAGCCCUAAUGCAUUACAUGGGGGUACUCUUGGUGCAUCAGUACCUGAUGGAGAUGAUGUUCUUUCCAGGACUCAUUUCAAUGCUUGUCUGCAGUAGGUUUGUAGGAACUCUUUAUGGGCUUACACAGCUCUGCCCCUGUUCUGUGCACUCAUCUAUGUCCUGAACUGGGAGCUGUGGGACCCAGCUGAGCCUCAACCUGAGGUAAAUGCUUGUUCUUGCUGCUCUCAUUGUUAUCUCCUCCCAAUAAACACUUAGUGAAGUUAA